UAAUUAUGAACAUUAGGAGAAAUAUAGCUAAGGAUCUAAGGUUAAUUAGACUCCCAAAUCAAAGUUUUGGGAUAUUUUCCGGCUUUUCUGGGAACAGGAAUAAACCAAGGAAGAUAUACAAUUCAGAAAGAGAAAGAAUCGAUGAUGAUAUUAAAACUCAUGAACAAUUGAAGGAAGAACAAUAUUAUGGUGAUAGAAGAGAGCUUCAAAAUGAUUUCCAUUAUGGUAUCCAGGUGCUGAAGGAAUAUGAAAAGGAAGCUCUGAUGAAAAACCCUCAUCUGAAGAAUAAACUUCAGACUUAUAUUGACUCUUACAAGAAAGAAGACCAAGCUGUAGUAAAAGAUUUUAUAAAGAAGGGAUAUCUAGAAGAAGUAACCCCAAUGAGUUUUAAGGAACAGAAAGAAAUCAUCCAAAUUCUUGCACAAGAGAAGGGUGAAGAGAGUGAUUACGACUCUGAUGUUGAUGUUGAAGAGGAGGUGAGAUUUAACAGAAGACUAUUCAAUUACAUUAAAAUACAAGACCAAGUAGAACUCCCUCAAAUGAGACCUGAAGAUGAGGGAAGGAAGACUCUUUUCAUUGAGAUUGAUGAUCUCCUCAUCCAUACUUUUAUACCGGAUGAAAAUAUAGGUUAUGUAGCUAAUUCUGCAUCAAAAGAUCCUGAUAGAACUUUAUUCUUAGAAGAUGCUAGGCUGAACAUCUUAUACUAUGAAAGAGAUAAUCUAUAUGAAUUCCUUGAGUACAUAGACAAGAAUUUUGAGCCGAUUCUGUUCACUUCAUCUCAGAAGCUAUAUGCUGACUAUAUUGUAAAGCAAUUUGACCCAGAAGAUAGCCUCUUCCGUCAUAAGCUUUACCAAAAUUCAUGCUACAUGUUGGAAAAAUAAGGAUGAAGAUAUUUUUGAAUUCAUUAAGGACAUCAAUCAAUUCAUUGAUGCUGAGAGCCCUAACUUUGCUUCUGUCUCUCCUGUCAAGAGAAGUGCUAAGAAUAGCUUGUUGCUAGACACUAAACCCUUGAGUUACAUCUUGAAUCCAAGCAAUGUGAUUCCUUGAGAGGAAUUCACAGCCGAUUAUAUGUACUCAGAUAAGAAGUUGAAGGACAUGUUCCUGAAUAUGCUGAUGGAAGACCUCGAAGAGUUCAAGGAGGCUGAUGAUGUUAGGAAGCUAAGCAGAAAGAAGUUCAGAAUUAUAGACAAUCUUUAUAGCAGUAAACUUGUAUAA